AUGGAUUACAAACUCCGUGUCGUCAAUUUUGAGAUCAAAUCUGGCGAUGUGCCCGUUUCUGAUGUUGACCAGUACAUAAAAUCACAGGAAUUAAACUUACCCGACAUUAUUGAUCCAGGAAUUCACGAAACGUUGAGAGUUGGUCAAUCUAGUUGUUCACCGAAAUCCUAUCAAGAGGACGUAUGCGACUAUCGAGUUGCUCCAUUGGAAGGUCGACUGAAGGCAAUGAGCUCCACCGAAAUCUCCAUUUCGUGCCAUCCACGUGCAUUGGGAUUACACAAGCACUUGUUAUGUGUGGAUGUGCAAGGUGUUGGACGAGAUGUAUGCACACUCCUGAUGACAGUGGAGUGCUGUUAUCCUAUUGUUCGAGUUCAUCCAGAUGUGUUGAAUAUGGGUCGUUGUUUUCUGCGACACGCCUAUGAAAGACGGUUAAAUUUGAGCAACGAGUCUGGCCAACCCGCUCGCUAUAAAUUGCUUGGAUGGUCUACUGUUGAGAAUCCCGAUGAAUCGGUCACCGGUGUGGAAUACUUCAGCCACGCACCGGAGAGCAAUACAGACAGUAUUUAUACAACAGAACCAACUAUGGGGACAAUUCCACCGCUAUGCCGUCUGGAAGUUUCAGUAGUCGCCAAACCGGAUGAUACGGUCAUUUUUCGGGAUCAAUUACAAGUGCACGUCGGGGAUGCAAAGACUACAAGAUACAUUGAACUGACGGCAACCGGCAGCGGUGGAACAAUCACGACGGAACCUGUGAUGCAAUCCACAAUGCAUCUGGGUCCGUAUUUCAAUUCUGCAGUCGCCAGACACGUAUUUCGUAUCACCAACCGUGGUCGGCGGCAACAGCAAUUAAUCUGGUCCAUUGAGGGAAAUUCAGUUAGACGCCGGUCUCUGAGUGAAGCAAAGCAAACUGACACGUCCGAUUCCACUUGGUCAAUCACACCACAUCGGUUCGAAAUUGGCCCUGGCGCGAGCACAAAUAUCACAUUGGAAGUAUACAGCGAAUUGUAA